AAGUGACCGGCGGCCGCGUCGCCACCGCGGUCCGGCCGUCCAGACAGUGUUUCGUCCUUGCCCAGUCACAUCCUCCUGUCCGUGGCCCACGCCAGAGAAACUUUGCUAUCCGCCGUCGUUGCAGGGCUCGUUUUUCGUUUAUUUUUUUUGCCAAAACCUGUGACAUGUGCACGUACGUCGUAAUGCUGCUGAUCGCCCUGGCCGCCGCUGCCGUCGCCGUCGUCGAGGCGGCCCCGCAGACGUCCACGGCGGACGCCGCGACGACCGCGGCCGCCACCGCCGCGGCCGCCGGGGCCGACGAGGUCGUGUACGACCAACGGCAAAACGGCACCGAGAACGUGCGGAUCAGCCUCAGCGACCUCAAGGUCGUGGUGGCACCGGCCGACGGCCUAUUCGGGAUCAUUUCCAUGGCCGGCGCCGGGUUGCUGUCGGAUCAGUUUGGCGCCGCGUCCGAGAACAAGCCGUCCACGGUCGACUGCAACGGUUUCAAGUGCAACAACCGAAUCCGGCAAGCCGCCAAAAAGUCAGUAUAAACAAAAUAACAACCGCACAGUUUUCUCCAGACAUAUACAAUUUCUUUUUACCGUCUUAGCGUACAACUCUUCUACUCUACUUAAAACGAAUUUGUUUCUUGUGACGAAAAUAAAAUAAUAAUAUUAUAUACAGUAUAAUAUUAUAAUGUGAUAUGAUAUAAUAUAAUAUGAGAU